AUGGAGACUGUAGAAUCUUAUAUAUCGUUGUUUAGGGCGUGGCUUACCUCUGUACUAGGACGACCUCCACAAGUUAUCAUUGCAGAUCAAUGUGAAGCACUGCAGAUUGCUCUUGCCGACGUCUUCCCAAGAGCUUCUCAUUGCAUUUCUUUAUAUGAUAUUAUGAGAAAAGUUCCACAGAAGCUUGGAGAACUGCUUGAAUAUGAAGCAAUCAAAACCACAAUCUAUAGAGCAGUUUACCACUCCUUGAAGGCAGAACAAUUUGAGGCAUUAUGGGAGGGUAUGAUCCAGCAGCAUGGGCUUGGAGAUCAUAAAUGGCUCCAAGGGCUUUGUGAAAAUCGGAGACGGUGGGUUCCAGUUUUCAUGAAGGAUACAUCUUUGGCUGGAGUGUUAUCGAUACAAUCCGGUGACUUAGUUUCAUCUUUCUUUCAAGAAUACUUGGGGGAGCAUACUUCUUUAAAGCAAUUCUUUGAGCAGUAUGAUCAAGCUCUCCAAACGCAUCAUCAGCUGGAAGCUUUGGCAGACAAAGAUUCAAAAGAUUCAAGUUUCAUGCUUAAAUCAAGAUGCUAUUUUGAAGUGCAGCUUUGUAAAUUGUAUACCAAUGAGAUACUUGAAAAGUUUGAGAGAGAGGUGGAGGGAAUGUAUUGUUGUUGUUUUGACACCAGGAAGUUGAAUGCGGAGGGGCCACUAAUGACAUAUGUUGUGAAAGAACAUGUAGAAAUGGAGGGAAGUAGGAGGGAUACGAGAGAGUUUGAAGUUCCAUACAAUGAAUCUGAAAUGGAGGUCCAAUGCAAUUGUGGCUUGUUCAACUCAAAAGGAUAUUUAUGCAGACAUGCUUUAUCAGUUCUUACCCAGAACAGUAUCGAGGCAAUCCCGGCUCAGUAUAUCCUACCACGAUGGAGAAAAGACGUUAAAAGAAAUUACAUUCUCGAUUAUAGUUACACUUCUGGUAUCGAUACCAACAGCCAAAUUCACAGGUAUGACCACAUAUACAGAUCCAUGGUGCAAGUAGUUGAAGAAGGGAGAAAAUCGAAAGAGAGGUACGAUAUUGCUAUAAAGGGAAUCAACGAUAUACUGAGCAAGUUUCGUCUCGGAACAUACCCUUCCAAUUGA